CGAUAAUCGCAGCAGCGCCCUCGCUCACCCCGCGGGUUACCUGUGACAGGCUCGCAAUGUCAAGAGGGCGCAGCAAAAGGGAGUUUUGGAUGAUAUCCUAGUUUUGCCGUUUGCUCGGAAAUUAAAAAAAAAGAAAAAGAAAGAAAGAAAAAAAAGUGAUCGCGCGUUUUGAUGAUAGCAAUUCGUCGUCGGGAGUUUCUUUGGAGUUACCUGGGCUGUGAGCCAUCCGGUCGUCGCUUCUUCCAUCGUUGCAUGAGAGCGAGUGUGCGGGCGCAAUGAGUCGGAGAACGCGACGCUGGAUCCUCAGAGUGUUCCUGUGCCUCGGGAUUGUCUACUUGGAAAUUGGGGUCUUUUCGUCGGUGGUCGCCCUGGGAGCGAGUAUAAUCUGUAACAAGAUUCCCGGUUUGGCGCCCCGACAGCGGAUUAUCUGCCAGAGUCGCCCCGAUGCCAUCAUCGUCAUCGGAGAGGGAGCGCAGAUGGGCAUCAACGAGUGUCAGUUUCAGUUCAAAAACGGCCGCUGGAACUGCUCGGCGCUGGGAGAGAGGACAGUCUUCGGAAAAGAGUUGAAAGUGGGCAGUAAAGAAGCUGCGUUCACCUACGCCAUCAUUGCAGCAGGGGUGGCCCACGCCAUUACAGCGGCCUGCACGCAGGGGAACCUGAGUGACUGUAGCUGUGACAAAGAGAAGCAGGGCUUCUACAGUAAAGGCCAAGGCUGGAAGUGGGGCGGCUGCUCUGCAGACAUCAGCUACGGCCUGGGUUUCUCCAAAGUAUUCGUGGACGCCCGGGAGGUCAAACAGAAUGCGAGGACGCUCAUGAACCUGCAUAACAACGAGGUGGGACGCAAGGUGCUGGAGAAGAACAUGCGACUGGAAUGCAAGUGUCACGGCGUCUCAGGCUCCUGCACCACCAAAACCUGCUGGACUACACUUCCCAAGUUCCGCGAGCUCGGCUACAUUCUGAAGGAGAAGUAUGCCCACGCGGUGCACGUGGAACCAGUCAAAGCCAGCCGCAACAAGCGCCCUAAAUUCCUCAAGAUCAAGAAGCCCUACUCCUACCGGAAGCCCAUGGAUACGGACCUGGUGUACAUAGACAAGUCUCCAAACUAUUGCGAGGCGGACCCUAUGACCGGGAGCAUGGGGACGCAGGGCCGAGUGUGCAACAAGACCAUGAUGCAGCAGAUCAGUGGCUGUGACUUGAUGUGCUGUGGCCGGGGAUACAACACGCACCAGUACUCCCGUGUGUGGCAGUGCAACUGCAAGUUCCUGUGGUGCUGCUAUGUCAAGUGCAACACCUGCAGUGAGAGGACAGAGGUGUACACCUGCAAAUGAGAGUAUUUAUUUGGAUGGUGUGUGUAUGCCUGGGUGCGAGUGUGCGUUUGUGGGUCUGUGUGUGUGUGUGUCUGUGGGGGCGUGUGCAUCUAUGUCAGUGAGUGUGCUUAAUGUAUGCAUACAUGUAUGUAUGUAUGUGAGUGUAUGUAUGUAUAUUUUCAUGGACAAAGCGGAACUUUACGAGAAAGCUGUUUUUGCAGCUUAGCCAUAGAUAAUAAGGAACUACUGUAUAUACUUUGAGCUGAGGAUGGAGCAUCACAGCUUUUGCACAGAGAGCCCUUCACCCCCUGUAUGGAUUCUUGUAUUUCUUGGGGUGCAAUAAUGAAUCGGUGCGACAAAUCACCUUCAAGGGAAAGCUCACUGGAUGGCCACGGUGUGGGCCAUUUGGACAAAAACUCGAUUCCUCUAAAGAGUUUAAGCUAUGGAUGUGUGCUGACUGACAGUUUGAUUCUGAGCGAACGGACAUUCCCGAUGGAAAUCGUUGCUGGAUGGGAUUGCUGGCCAGUACAGACCGCUAUAGUUCUCUGUUCCUAGUUCGCCCUAUGCACGGAUGAAACAGCACAGCUAUUGGGAAUAUUUAACACACUAUAUUUAGAGAUUAAGGAAAUAAUUAAUAUUAAUUUAUUCUAUAAAUAAAAAAAAAACUACUGAUUUUUUCCAUUAUGGAACAACAGUGACUAGAUGAUGGGAGGUUUUUUCAUUUAUUAACGCAGUCGACAAUAGCCCACAGUAAACACACUGGAUUCGUAUCAGCCUGGGAUGAUGAUAUGUGAUGUUGUAGACUAACGCUGUUCCAGAUGAAGCUGGUGUAGGCCACUCACAAAUGACCUUUGCAUGAGUUGUCUCCCCUCUAUUUGCUGCUAGUCUAGGGAACCCCACUUUCCGAGGCCGACGGCGAUUACGCCCGGCCUGCUGUCUUCGAUGGCGAAGCUCGCCUCAAGCUGACCCAGCUUCGCAGGAGUAAUUUACCGAUCAAAAGACGAAAACAAGAAACACGGGCACAUUUUCCACUUUGGUAAAUAUUGGUUUAUAGAGUAUAUUUUGUAAAAGGCUAUUUUUUUAUGAAUGUCUUAUUUAUAUCUCUUUCAUAUUCAGCGUCACGUUCCCCCCCCCCCUUCAUCCCUGUGGUUGA